AUGUAUCUCGAAGGGAAGGAAGUGGUCGGUAGCGACUUCCGUAUCCACGUCGCUGCCCGCAACGACGCUCGACAGGUCAAGUGCUGCUCCAUCUUGCAUACCACAACCACAAUCAUGUCAUCACAUCUUACUAACGAUGAGGUACGCUUGCAAAGCGGUACCACUGUUCAAGAGCUAAUCAUGGUACAGUUCUUCACAAAACUGGCCUCCCUCCUCGAGACGCGCCAACAAAAAGGUCACGGCAGCAUCUUCCUGACACAGAAGCGACGUGCGCAAACAUUCUUCCCAUACUCAUGUGUUAUGCUGACACGUACAANNGUCACGUUUGACGAGUCAUCUGCUGCCAAACCCACCGACUCUCCUCUCGCCGACCUGGAUCCUCCAUCAGCACCUCUGCCCAUCCUCGUUCGCGCGACAGACGGCAACUCACAAACAAAGGAUCGCAAGAAGUCGGACAAGAUCAAGCUGAGCACAGUUGUACAACCCGAUGAUCUGGAGGCCUUCUACACCCGCUACGCCGAAGUCUGCAAGCAGGGCAUGCAGGCACUGAAGAAGAGAGACCGCAGCAAGAGAAAGAAGCAGAAGCAGGGCAAGAAGAAGGCCCAGGACGACAAGAAAUGA